GCCCAGCAGGGAGGCAUGUACGCUACUUGUUAUGCUGUUAUUGCCUAUGGAUGUGCCAGCUGCCCUAAAUUGACGUGUGAGAGAGAAGGGUGUCAGAUUGAGUUUUGCUAUCACUGCAAACAAAUAUGGCACCCAAACCAAACGUGCGACAUGGCCCGCCAACAAAGAGCACAAACUCUGCGGGUGCGGACAAAGCACACCUCAGGCCUCAGUUACGGACAAGAAUCCGGCCCAGCAGAUGACAUUAAGCCAUGUCCACGUUGCAGUGCCUAUAUUAUCAAAAUGAAUGAUGGCAGCUGUAAUCAUAUGACUUGUGCUGUGUGUGGCUGUGAGUUCUGCUGGCUAUGUAUGAAGGAAAUCUCCGAUUUGCAUUACCUCAGUCCUUCUGGUUGCACAUUCUGGGGCAAGAAGCCAUGGAGUCGUAAAAAGAAGAUUCUCUGGCAGCUUGGAACAUUGAUUGGUGCCCCUGUGGGUAUUUCCCUCAUUGCUGGCAUUGCUAUUCCAGCCAUGGUCAUUGGCAUUCCUGUUUAUGUGGGGAGAAAGAUUCACAGCAGAUAUGAGGGAAAGAAGACCUCCAAGCACAAGAGGAACCUGGCUAUCACUGGGGGCGUAACCUUGUCUGUCAUUGCAUCGCCUGUUAUUGCUGCGGUCAGUGUAGGUAUUGGAGUCCCCAUUAUGUUGGCCUAUGUCUAUGGAGUCGUGCCAAUUUCGUUAUGCCGAGGUGGCGGUUGUGGAGUUAGCACAGCCAAUGGGAAAGGAGUUAAAAUUGAGUUUGAUGAAGAUGAUGGGCCAAUUACAGUGGCAGAUGCUUGGAGAGCGCUGAAGAAUCCCAGCAUUGGCGAGAGCAGCAUCGAAGGCCUUACUAGUGUCCUGAGCACCAGUGGGAGCCCUACGGACGGGCUCAGUGUCAUGCAGGGCAACUACAGCGAGACAGCCAGCUUUGCAGCACUCUCAGGAGGCACAUUGAGCGGUGGAGUGCUUUUGGGUGGGAAAGGAAAGUACAGCAGAUUGGAAGUGCAAGCUGAUGUGCAGAAAGAAAUCUUCCCAAAGGACUCUGUCAGCCUUGGAGCCAUCAGUGACAACGCAAGCACACGAGCUAUGGCAGGCUCCAUCAUUAGUUCCUACAACCCCCAGGACAGAGAGUGUAACAAUAUGGAGAUCCAAGUGGACAUUGAGACCAAGCCAAGCCAUUACCAGCUUGUUAGUGGAAGCAGCACGGAAGAUUCGCUUCAUGUUCAUCCGCAGAUGGCAGAGAAUGAGGAAGAGGAAGAAGAGGAAGAGGAGGAAGAGGACGCAGAGGAGGAGGAGCGAGAACCGCUGUGCCACCACCAAAGCUGUGAGCCGAAAGACUGUGUUGCCAGCAAAACCUGGGACAUCACUCUGGCGCAGCCGGAGAGCAUCCGGAGCGACCUGGAGAGCUCAGACAGCCAGUCGGACGAUGUGCCCGACAUUACCUCGGAUGAAUGUGACUCCCCCUGCCCCCAGGCUGCUUCCUGCCUGCAUCCCCCCAACACCAGAGGUGCUGAGAGCCCAAGUGCCCACAUUGGCCAGUGCGCCCAAGCCGAGGGGCGCCGGCCAGAGGAGAUAGUCUCGAGGCUGGAGUGCAUUGAGGCCCGUGUAUGAGGCUGCUGCCUCCUAAGAAGAAGAAGCACACUGAUUGUUACUGCCUCCAUGGUGGGGAGGACUGCCUGGGAAAGGGGUGAGAUCGGCGGCAGCUGUGUCCUUGUUGGCUUGUUGGCCUUGUUGGCUUUUGUUUCCAGUUCCCCCAAAAUGCUGCUCUGACUGGACCAGGGGAGGGAUACAACUUUUCUUACAUGAUGAUAAUGGGCCCUCUUACUUUUCUUUUUAAUUUAUUGGUUCAAGCGCUUGGUGAUGCUCUGUGAGUUGUGUAAGAGUGUACAUAAAUGUGUGCGUGUACAUCGUAUGUCUGCCAAACAUACGCCUAAGGAACGCCUUUAAUAAAGAUUUCCUGUUACCCUUCAAAA